UGCUGCAGAAAAAAAAUGAACGCCUUAUCCUCAAGUGUCACAGCAAAAACCUGGCGGGCACCGCAGACACCAAACACAUCUUCAGCCCCAUCAUCAAACUCAACACGGUGCUGGUGCGAUCAGUGGCCACAGACAACAAGUCCUUCUUCGUCCUUUCUAUGUCCGAAAAUGGAGCCCAGAUCUAUGAGCUUAUGGCGCCCACAGUCGCCGGUCUAAAAACUUGGCAGGAGUUAAUCAUCCAGAGAGCUGAUGCCAUGAAGGUCAAACCUCACAACAUUCUACCGUUACCUCAGAGCAGUGGGGAGAGAGAUGGAAUGGAUACCAUCACCGCAGGUUUCUCCAAGCUAAGCAGAGACCCCGACUGCACGUCCACAGGGUGCACACAGUCCACAGAUAAAGAGAGCAGCCCAACUUCUAGGAGAGCACUGCAGAGCCCUGAACCUGGUAAUAACCUGUUUGACAGAGUAAAAUUUGUGGAAAAGGAGAAGGAGGACGGCUAUGUGGACCCAGAGCUUCCUUACCAGGUCUCCGACGAUGGCAGAGCAGCAGAUUCAUUCAACAUCUUUCCCUCUAGGGCAGCUGAAGCUCUGAAAACAUUGGCAGCGUUGAAGCAGGAGCUGGUCACACAGCUCAUGUCUCAAGAGCCCAUAGAGCAAACCAAACAAUCCACGGGGGCUCGUCUCCUCAGGGCCACCUCACUGCGAACGCCCAUUGACAGUCGUGCCCGGGUGAUGGCACACAAUGGCUCGGACAAGAACAGCACCCACACCGAGGACCAGGCUCAGGACCUGGGUUCUGGAGACACGGGCUUCUUCGACUCUCCCGAUGAUUAUGCAGAAUUCUUGGUCCUGGAGGGCUACGGCAGGGCAGGAGAGAGCAGCACAGAUGACGAGAGCCGGGCGUCGACCACAGGGAAGCAGCUGAGCAGCGCACAGGGCUGUGCCACUGACUCAGGCAUGAAUUUAAGAUUUUCUUCAACCUCCCAGGCGGGCAGCCUGUCUAUCUUCAGUCGACAGGUGCUGUCACAUCUCAGAAACCUUCAGUCCAACCUCAACUACCUGAAGGAUGUUGAGGCCAAGUACAAUAAUGUAUUACGCCCGAGGUCAGAAAGAUCAGCGGAAGACUCGGACAGAAACUAAGAUAAGAGAUAGUGGAAGUUCCUGCUGCAGACUUUGGCUCUGCCCCCAAAGAGGAAGUACCAACAUGCAGUCUGCUCCUCCUCAUUGUGUUCUGGACAUUUGGGACAUCCUAUAAGCUUGUACUCUCACUGCUGACCCCUCCACGACUUUUACUCUCCAUCACCAACAGCUGUUGUUGCUACAGCAAAUGAGAGACUUGAAUGAGAGCAGAUAUAUAUAUGG